GACGGAAGCAAAGAGUGGCCUCCCUUCCGGUCGGCUGGCGGACAUUCCAGGUGCCGCAGUUCGGAGGCGCGACUCUUCCUCUUAGUAACUCCAGAAAGAGAAGGUCCCUUCUCCUCCUCUUCCAUACCGCCACCACGCCGAAGUAGGAAUCCAGGGGUAUGACAAAAGAAAAGGGAAAGCAAAAGGAAGAUAGAAAUUGAGUGAAGUACAAGGAAAGAACUUGGAGACGGGAACCAUAGACAUGAUGAGGAUGGAAAGGAGGAGCCUCCUUGAGACCUGACUUGCCUCCGCUCUUCGACCGGACAGUAGCAUCUUAUCUUUCGCCUUUUCCGCGGUUUCCUGGCAUAAAUGUGGUGUUCUUGAAUAGGGUACGGGGAAUUCGACUCCAGCUUCCUCAGGGAAUCGAGUAGGUAAAGAUGUCGGGCUUCGUCGGCGUCCUUGUUUCCGAUCCAUGGCUGCAGAGCCAAUUCACCCAGGUCGAGCUGCGAGGCCUCAAAUCCAAUUACCUCUCCGCGAAGGGGGAUUCGGGACAUGUGACGGUCGGGAAUUUGCCGGCGGUCAUGGUCAAACUGAAGGGUCUCCAUGAGGUGCUCACGGAGGAAGAGAUCUCUGCAAUCUUGAACGCAUCUUAUCCCGAUGACAACCAUGAGAUGGACUUCGAGGCUUACUUACGGGCGUAUUUGGAUUCGCAAGCAGAGGCGGCAAACAAGCGUGGGAGCGUGAAGAAUUCCUCUUCGUUCUUGAAAGCCACCACGACCACACUUCUUCACACCAUAGGCGAAUCCGAGCAAGGUUUCUUCGUAGCGCACAUAAAUGGCUACCUUGGAGAUGACCCAUUCUUGAAGAACUACCUCCCGCUGGAUCCGGCUUCAGAUGACCUGUUCAACUUGGCCAAGGAUGGAGUCCUUCUUUGUAAAAUGAUCAAUGUUGCGGUGCCGGGAACAAUAGAUGAGAGGGCGAUCAACACAAAGCGGGUGCUGAACCCAUGGGAGAGAAAUGAGAACCACACUCUGUGCCUCAACUCUGCAAAAGCGAUCGGAUGCACGGUCGUUAACAUCGGAACGCAGGAUCUGGUGGAAGGGAGGCCUCACCUGGUGCUUGGUUUGAUAUCUCAAAUUAUAAAGAUACAACUGUUGGCAGAUCUCAACCUGAAGAAGACACCUCAACUCGUGGAGCUGAUAGACGACAGCCAGGAUGCGGAGGAACUUAUGGGCCUGUCACCAGAAAAAAUGUUACUGAAGUGGAUGAAUUUUCACCUCAAGAGGGCAGGCUACAAGAAGACGGUGACAAACUUCUCUUCUGAUUUGAAGGAUGGAGAGGCUUAUGCAUAUCUGCUGAAUGUUCUUGCACCUGAGCACUGUAACCCUGCAGCACUAGACGCCAAGGAUCCAACCGAAAGGGCUAAAAUGGUCCUUGAUCAUGCGGAGAAAAUCAAUUGCAAAAGAUUUGUGACGUCGAAAGACAUCGUAGAAGGCUCUGCAAAUCUCAAUCUUGGAUUUAUCGCACAGAUAUUUCAUGAGAGGAAUGGUCUGUCCACAGACUGCAGAAAAAUCUCAUUUGCGGAGAUGAUGCCUGAUGACGUGCUGGUGUCCAGGGAAGAAAGAGCUUUCCGGCUGUGGAUCAAUAGUCUUGGAAUUACUACAUACGUUAACAAUGUUUUCGAAGAUGUUAGAAAUGGGUGGCUUCUUUUGGAAGUUCUUGAUAAGUUGUCUCCAGGCUCUGUUAAUUGGAAGCAGGCGACGAAGCCUCCCAUCAAGAUGCCGUUUAGAAAAGUAGAAAAUUGCAAUCAAAUAAUAGAGAUCGGACAACAAUUGAAGUUCUCUCUUGUUAAUGUUGCGGGCAAUGAUUUUGUUCAAGGAAAUAAAAAGCUAAUUCUCGCUUAUUUGUGGCAAUUGAUGAGAUUUAAUCUAUUGCAACUCCUGAAGAACCUGAGAUAUCACCACUCUCGAGGAAAGGAAAUCACAGAUGUUGACAUCCUGAAAUGGGCUAACAACAAAGUGAAAAGCGCAGGAAGAGUUUCCCGGAUCGAGAGUUUCAAGGAUAAGAACCUAUCGAACGGCAUAUUUUUCCUGGAACUCUUAUCUUCUGUGGAGCCGAGGGUCGUCAAUUGGAACCUCGUUACCAAGGGCGAAAGUGAUGAUGAGAAGCGGUUGAAUGCUAUAUAUAUUAUUAGCGUGGCGAGAAAGCUUGGGUGCUCCAUCUUUCUACUGCCUGAGGACAUCAUGGAGGUGAAUCAAAAGAUGAUCCUCGUUCUCACGGCCAGCAUCAUGUAUUGGAGCUUGCAACAGCCAUCAGAGGAACCGGAUCGAUGCGAAUCAUGCGUAGAUGAUUCUUCCUUACAUAGAGCUGCGUCCGAGAUAUCGAUAGACGAUACCACCUCGGAGAAAGCUCCAUCCGAUUGGGAAGAUGGAAGCUUGACUGCAAGCUUCAUAUCGAACAUCGCAUCCGAUGAUGCUAUCUCGGAAACUUCAGAGAUAGAGAACGGAAGUAGUACUACUACCACCACCACCACCACCACCAUACCAUAGGUGGAUGAUAAAAAGAAAAAAUCGAACAAGAUUUGGCUGGUCAAUCGUCGACACGAAGACUUCCUUCUGAUGUAGCUUUUAAAAUAUGUGUAAAGAUGAGAACAAAAAACAUUCCA